AUGGAGUUGGAUGUGCAGCUGAGUUCGAGCACCAGUGCUGCUCUCAGAUCUUUGGAGGUCGUCGGUAAACCAACUGAUGCCGGGAGGAUUGGAGCUUCCGCAAAAAACUCGCCACAUGUUUCGAGUUCAUCAGAGUCAUCUGUUCAUGCUGCGAGGAGGAAACGACAAGAUACCCGGCGUUCGUCCUCAAAUUCGGCUUCAUCUUCCAAACGCGCAGCCGGUGUUCAAGUAGAGGACGACAAUAAAUCUACGGCGUCACAAAAACGCAGGCGUAAAUCUCGCCAGCUUCCACACGAAGGCCAAGAAUAUGCUGGUUCUUCGUUGUUCACAAUGCCAUCUUCUUCUACUCGAGCUCGCCAUCUAACAUCUCGCAGAUAUUCCCCAUCGCCAGAUUCUCGUCCAGGGGCAAAGUUGAAGAACUUAAUGACCAAACUUAAGGUUAAGGAAACGUCAGGAAGGAAAAGAUCAGACUUUUCUCUGGCCAGAUUAUCGAAAGAGUACGACCUCUCGUCAAGUAUAAUUCUUGGAAGUUUGCAAUGUGAUCCUGUAAAUUUCGAUUUCCGAGUUGAGACGGAGGAUACUGGCAUUGCUAUCGCACCAGAACAUCCACGAAUCGUGGUUCCGAUUUCUCUAACAAACGUUCAGCCUGCAUCUUCAACCACGCCGAACUCCAACCAUCCAUGCAAAACAUUUAAGGAAUCGGCUGUGAAAGAGGAAGCCCUUAGCGUAAAAUCAUCAGACGAUGAAGGCGACGAUGUUGAUGAUGAACCUACGGAGCCAGUUGUACGAAUGGCAGACAUCGGAGCGGCCCCGUUUACCCCUACUCCUAUGUUACCGCUUCCUGCUCCCUUAACUGCAAAACCAAUGAGAAGAUUUAAACCAUCAGCUCCGGUAAUAAAACUACCUAGACGAAGAACAUUUGAUUUUGCAAACAGAGUUGAUGUUUCUGAACGAUCAUCUUUAACAUCUACGAGUUCUGCUGAUGACACUUCCAAAACAAGAGAGGUUCGUAGACGAAGACGAACAGUUGAUGAUUUAGAGAGCACUGACAGCUCUUUCUCUGUAGUACCGACUCCUGAGGAACAUCUACCCAUACCCUUGAAGCGCAGGAAGCGGCGUACAGUGGUAACAGUGAUAGAGAACGUUCACACGCCGUUGGCCGAAUCAGUGAGCUUGGAGCAAAGCUGCUCUCAGCUUGAUGUGGCUUCAAAAGAAAACAAGUCAGAGAACAGCACAUCUCAAAGUACUUCUGUCGAAACAAGGCGAAAAUCAAGGCACAUUUCGAGGGAAAAACGCAGGAACUCCAAUGGUCGUCAAGAUGAGUCGUCGUCGAAGAACGAAGAGUUGGUUGCAAAACGGCCAAGACGACUUUCUGCUGGCAAAACAAUCAACUUUUUAGCUGAUGCCAAUGUAGUCAAAACUAGAGGAUCUUCAGUUGGGACGAGAUCCAAGGCCAAACCGGUCGCAGUUGCAGAAAUGUUGUGCUCAAAUUCGGAGGAUGCUUCUAAUCGCAGUAAGGAAUCGGACUCAACAGAAACAUGUGAAGUCGUUCCACCACGCCCGGCCCCGAAUGUCUCAAAGGAUAUGUUACCCAAUGAGGUGAAGCCGGAUCUUCCGCAAGUACUUGAUGAACCUAAGAGGACUGAAAAGGAUUCGCAAGAAAGUCCUGAACACAAUGCUGGAUCCGGAUUAAGUGCAAAUGCGACACUUAUUACUGAGGAUAGAGCAAAGGAGGGCAAAAACAUUUUGUGUGAAUCCAAAUCAACAGCUUCUGAAGAAAAAUUCAAGCCACACUCCGUUCAUCUCAAAACAACUGAAGAUGGAAAAGCUAGGAUUUUGGCGGGCAGCGCAGAAGGUUCAUCUUCACUGUGUUCAUCUAGAAAAUCUUCGUCGCUGUUGAACAUCCGGAGGUCAUCGCGUAACCACACUCUGACUGAGAAAAUGCGGGAUUUGGAGCACCAAGGAAAACAUAGCGGUUCAUCUACCCCCACUACUAGCAGACCUGUGGAUCCUAAUUCUGCGUUAGGGAUCCUACAGAGGGUGUCAAGGUUCAGUCGUCCUAUCAGAUCUCCUUCUCCGCAACCUCUUCAAACUGUUCUUCCUCGUAGUAGAAGAAGAAAUCUUGGGUCAACAGAUCAACAACAAUCCCAGACUUCCAAUGUCGAACAACCACCACAUUCUGAUGAAAAUGCAUCAUUGGAAUGUGAGGACAGGAAUAGUGACCAACCAUUUGUGUUGGAUAAAACUACUGGAACUGUUGCGAAAGGUACUGAAAUAGAGGUUACGUUAAGCUCCUGUGACUCCACUAAGCCUGGUACCCUCGAUGAAAAAGAAUCGGCAACUCCAUCAUCGCCAGCAUGUUCGAAGGUAACUUCCGCAAACGAAGAAGUGGAACUACCAACCCCAGCAGGUCGCUCCUCUCGACUCGUUAAACCUUGCUUCCGUUUUGCGAACGAAGAUUUCGUCUCCCCUUUGAGAAAGAGAAGAGGGAGCAAGUCGGCAGCAGUUGAAAUAACGACUGGAAAAGGGAAGGAUACGCUAACUGUGGACAGUCCACAGACGGAUACGAUUGAAUCACCUAACGAUGAGCCUAAACCGAGCAACGUUGUGGACGCUACUCAUCGACCUGUAGACCAUUCUUUAAAUGCGGCUCCUCUAAAGACAUCACCUAAACCUGCAACUUUUGGGAUUCCCGUUCAUACAAUGGAGACAAGAAGGCGAUCGAUAGGAAAGAAAGCAAGGCCAAUAAAAAUCAAGCUUAGACUUGGCAACUUCCCUCGAGUUAUAGCUGUGAAUCCUGGUAACGAAACUAAAACGGAUGUGUCAGAAACUCCAAAGCCUGCGGUUUCUGAACCUCCAGUGAUAAAGAAACCUGCUAAGAAGUACAAUUCGCCUUGGUCGCGAUACAUACCAUCAGUGAAACCUGUUCUUGGUAAUAUCUACUACAGUGACGGAACAGUGGAAAAGCUCGGUGUUUCUGUUAAUGCUGUAAUGGAUCGGUUGUUAGCUGAGGUGUGCCAAGACGGCAUUACCAGGCAUUCAGCUAUUGUAAACAAGCGAGAGAAAAGGAAGAGAAACAUUGAGAAGGCACGCGAACGUGUUGCACGUUUGAAAGAAGAAAAGACUGCUAGAGAAGCUCAAGGAUGGGUGACGAAGCAAGCAAAAAACACCUAUCCCAGUCCCAUAGAGGGCUCUCCUGAUUCAAAUGAGUUGGCUCCACGAGUUCGUGGUAAUAUACUGCAAAAAGACUUUCUCUAUCCAUCAUUGAAGCGCGGGACGAAAGCAGAGAAGAGGAAGAAUGAUGAAUUGCGACGCGCAAGGUCUCGUAGAGUCAUGAGUCAGUUGGCAGGAUCAGCUCUCGAAGAGAAGGAUAUAUUGCACACUGGACGACGGGGUUCUGCUCCAAGUAAAGAUGAUCCUGCAAACGUUGGUAGACUCCGAGAGCCGUCUCCGUUUGAUCCGGAGAAGCAAGAAAGGCUACGACUGGAUGCAGAAGAACGCGAAAGACAGAAACGGCUCACUAUGCCGAUUUCCUUCAACACUUUCCUUUCUUCUAAGACGUCCGUUCUUGUUGCGCAGCCACUGCUGCAGCCUCAGCGGGUUAACGAUCGAGCUGCAGUUGCUGAUCAUUUUUAUCGUGAGUUGCUCUGUGAGAACACUUCGACAGGUGAACCAGUGGAGGACUCGUGGACUGAAUUCGACAUGGAUAUCGAAGAUUGUUUGGAUGUAACAACUAUUGAGGCUGUGCAUAUUCCUAAGUUCGAUGAUUACGUAGCUCCACCAGAGUUAGAUGAAACUGCCGAGCCUGUAGCAGCUAAAGUUGAACAGAUGCUUUUGAGACCCAGUCUCUAUGCUGAGGAAGAUGGGAUAGCGUAUCUAUAUGAAAGAGCCCUGGAACAACCAGAGCUACGUCGUAAUCUUCUAAGUAUGGCUAUUGAUUGUAUUUCUGCACUGCAUGUUGCCCGUUUAUCUGCUUGUGGCCGUGAAGCAGCAGUUAUUGUGUAUAACACAGUUACACAUCAAGCAAGUAAGAUGCGCGAUGUCAUUUGCAUGUUUAACAAGGAUCGCGAAGAAGCUGUCUUCUGGAUGCACCGUUAUUUGAUAGAAAUGUUGCCAGUUGAAUUGUUAGCUUCAUAUCUAUUUCUACUGCGACAUACAAGACUUCUGAACUGUCAGGUGAAAUCAAUUGUACGAAGCACCCAGAAUGAGUGUACUCCUUGGCCUGAGGUUACACGAAUUAUUGGAAGAUAUGUGGAAGAGAAUGUGGUUGAACCAGAUGCGGCUGACUUGGACCGAACAAUUGCUCCGGCUUCACAUUCCGAUGUGAUAUUUGUGCUAGUGGCACCGAACAUUUCUGUUGGAGAUUUUUCUGUUAGAGAUCGCUUCCACGAUCCUGUAUUCAAAUGGCUUCGCGAUAUUGGCCACCCAGCUUCUUCGAUUGUCAGGAUCAAAAUAGACGAAACAUAUUCUACAGCCAUAAGUGAAAUGGUCUACUCAGCUGUAAACUUGAUCUCACGCGUGGUAACGAAGACAGUCAGGGAACAUAGACAAAAGCGCGUUGUUCUAGUUGGUUGGGGAACAACGUGCUGCUUUAAUCAUAUGGUUUUAAGUUCAGUUCCUGGUGUCUCAGCUGUAAUAGAUCUUGCAUUCCCUGUAUUAUCACUAGAUGGGCCACGCGGGGAGCCGGAUGACGAUAUUUUGCUCACAUAUUGUCCAUCACUUUUUGUUGUUGGUUCGCAGGCCUGCGACUACCAUCCUGGUGCAAUGAAAAUGAUGAGGUCAAGCAUGAUUAUGCCAUCAGGCCUUGUUGUCAUUGGUCAUGCUAACAACAAUCUGCUCGUUUCUUGUGCUACUCUGUCACGUCUCCGUAUUACUCAACGUGUUAUCAGCCGAUGCAUAGUGGAGCAAAUUUCUGAUUUUCUUGGAAUGGAGUGGACUAAGCGCGAACGCUCACGUUUAGUGCCUAUGACAUUGAACGAUACUUUCAAGGUUGAUCUCAUGCAGCUGAAGAUUGACGAGAAAGCAGCUCAGGCGAGUCGCAAGCCGAAGGAUGAUUCCCUAAUUCGAAAGAAGAAAUUAUCUGGAACUCCUCUGCAGUCUCCGGUUCCUCGCGAAGCUUCACCUUCUCCUCUUCCAAUUUCGCAAUUGGAAAGCGUUCGGUCAAACUUCCAAACACUUCUGAAAAAGGCUGGUACAGAGGAACGACUGCUGUCAAGUGCAUUCAAGGAACCCCGUUUACCAGUGAAACCAACGUCUAGAAUGACCUCACCAGUGCCUCGCACCGAUUCCCCAAAUCUCUUGGAUCCGGCUUCCAUUUCGUUGAUUUAA